AUGACAUUUGUUAUACGCAUUCUCAUAGUUGCCAGCAUCUUUGGGUCCCUCGUCGCUGCUAAGGAGUGCACUCCCACGAUGCUAACCUUUGCAUUUUUCACUCUGGAAAAACAGUCAAACCUUUGCGCCGCUGAGUCAGGAUACAAGAUAUACCCGUUCCAGGGUAUGCCAUCGUUGGAAGAAGUCAAAGCCAUGUCUAAGAGUCAAGCUUGCAGCACACUUAUUAAGGAAGCCAAGAAGUCGCACAUGCCGGACUGCACCUUGACGAUCAAUGGCACAACGUUCAACAUUCAUGAAAGUAUUGAGCUUAUCUUCACAGGCUUCGAGGUCGUUGAUCUUUACAAAAUUGAUCCUUAG